CUACGGUCGUUUGCCCCCGUCGCGGUUAUUCAUCUCGUUUAAAAAAUCUCUGUGGAUUUAAAACAAUAUUACCUAAAACCAAUUGCGAAUUAUCGCUAUUAUUAACGUGCUAUUAUUACUAGAGUGGUUUCAUCUAAGACUUUGGUCAAAAGGUGUACUGCUUGCCCAAACUACAAUGGGCCUACUCAGGAUGUUACGAGAACCACCAGGAGGGCGUGAUAGUCUUAUCAUGUUUCUCAUGACUUCUUUUAUAUUUUUUAACCUGGUACUAGCCGAGGAUGAACUAAUGGGACCAGUAUUUGUGAAGGAACCCCCAAACCGUGUGGACUUUUCUAAUGGAACUGGAGCAGAGGUUGAAUGUCAAGCGAGAGGAAAUCCCCAGCCGGAUAUUAUUUGGGUUCGUGGUGAUGGUACUGCUGUUGGAGACGUUCCUGGAUUACGACAGGUGUUACCUAAUGGAAACCUUGUAUUCCCGCCAUUCCGAGCUGAAGAUUAUCGCCAAGAGGUUCAUGCUCAAGUUUAUAGUUGUCUUGCUACUUCACCCGCUGGAUCCGUUCAUAGUCGAGAUGUUAACGUUCGAGCUGUUGUGUCACAAUAUUUUGAAGUACAAGUGUACGAUGUCUUUGCGAUUCGUGGUAAUGCUGCGAUAUUCAAGUGUCAGGUACCGUCAUUUGUUGCUGAUCAUGUUGAUGUAGCUGGUUGGAUAGAUUCCGCCGGGGGAAAUUAUCGGGCAGAUGAUGAACAUAUUUCGUACGAUGGUAAAUACUUGGUAUUGCCUUCUGGCGAAUUGCAUAUCCGGGAUGUGGGACCUGAAGAUGGUUACAAAACUUAUCAAUGCCGAACUAAACAUCGUCUUACUGGAGAAACUAGAUUGUCAGCUACCAAAGGACGUCUUGUCAUCACCGAACCAGUCGGUAGUAAAGCACCAGCUUUCAUUGGUGAAUUAAGAGGAGGUUGGAAAGCUAAAAGUGCAAAUACAAGUGUCGUGAUGUCGUGUCCAGCUCAGGGUUACCCAGUCCCUAAUUUUCGAUGGUACAAAUUUAUCGAUGGUACAACACGUAGGCAACCAGUUCAGUUGAAUGAGCGAGUACGCCAAGUCAGUGGAACUUUGAUUAUUAGAGAAGCACGUGUUGAAGAUUCUGGCAAAUAUCUCUGCAUUGUAAAUAAUUCCGUUGGUGGGGAAAGCGUCGAAACAGUUCUUACCGUCACUGCACCACUGGCUGCUGAAAUUGAACCCAGAGUUCAGACUGUCGAUUUUGGCAGACCUGCAACUUUUACUUGCAAUGUACGAGGAAAUCCUAUUAAAACAAUUUCGUGGAUGAAAGAUGGAAAACCUUUUGGUCAUGAAGAUCCCGUGCUCAGAAUUGAAAGCGUUAAGAAGGAAGAUAAGGGAAUGUAUCAAUGUUUCGUGCGAAAUGAUCAAGAAAGUGCUCAAGCGACUGCUGAAUUAAAACUUGGAGGACGAUUUGAACCACCUCAGAUAAAACAAGCCUUCCAAGAAGAAACUCUUCAACCCGGACCCAGCAUGUUUCUCAAGUGUGUUGCAAGCGGAAAUCCAACUCCUGAAAUUACCUGGGAACUUGACGGCAAGCGGUUAUCAAACACGGAAAGACUACAAGUUGGACAAUACGUUAAGGUCAACGGUGACGUUGUAUCUCAUUUAAACAUCUCAAGCAUUCACACAAACGACGGUGGACUUUAUAAAUGUAUUGCAGCUUCAAAGGUUGGAUCAGCAGAACACUCAGCACGUCUUAAUGUUUACGGUCUUCCUUUCAUUCGUCACAUGGACAAAAAAGCAAUCGUCGCGGGAGAAACUCUUCGAGUAACUUGUCCAGUCGCUGGUUAUCCAAUCGAGAGCAUCGUAUGGGAACGAGACACCCGCGUACUGCCAAUCAACAGAAAACAAAAAGUUUUUCCAAACGGAACACUCAUCAUCGAAAACGUAGAACGACACAGCGAUCAGGCAACUUACACAUGUGUUGCACGCAACGCUCAAGGAUACAGCGCAAGAGGAACACUCGAAGUUCAAGUCAUGGUCGCUCCGCAGAUUGCGCCUUUCGCCAUCGGUGAAGAACCAGCGAAUUGGGGAGAACAGGUAUCCGCCAUGUGUAGUGUCCUGAAAGGUGAUCAACCAAUAGAAAUUCGUUGGAGUCUUAACGGUGAACCCAUAACACGUCAAAACCAUCCGGAUAUAAUAAUAACUAGAACUGGGAAGAAGAUUUCCCUUCUUAGCAUUGAUGCUGUAACUGCACAGCACGCUGGAGAGUACAGUUGCGAAGCGAGCAAUCAAGCUGGUUCUACCAGUCACUCCGCAACACUUUCGGUUAAUGUACCACCCCGUUGGAUCCUUGAGCCAACCGACAAAGCAUUCGCCCAAGGCUCAGAUGCUCGAGUUGAAUGUAAAGCUGACGGGUUCCCUAAGCCUCAAGUUACAUGGAAAAGGGCUGCUGGUGAUACACCCGGUGAUUACACUGACCUGAAACUCAACAAUCCUGAUAUCAGCGUUGAAGACGGCACUCUAUCUAUCAAUAAUAUUCAAAAAACUAAUGAAGGCUACUAUCUUUGUGAAGCUGUCAAUGGAAUUGGUUCAGGCUUAUCUGCUGUCAUUCUUAUUUCUGUUCAAGCACCACCACACUUUGAAAUCAAAUUGCGCAAUCAAACUGCACGUCGAGGUGAACCCGCAGUACUACAGUGUGAAGCACAAGGCGAAAAACCAAUUGGCAUUUUGUGGAACAUGAACAACAAACGGCUAGACCCAAAGAGUGACUCUCGCUACACGAUCCGCGAAGAAAUUCUUGCUAACGGUGUCUUGGCAGAUUUGAGUAUCAAAAGAACUGAGAGAUCUGACUCUGCAUUAUUUACAUGUGUUGCUACAAAUGCAUUUGGAAGUGAUGACACCAGCAUCAAUAUGAUCGUUCAAGAGGUACCUGAAGUUCCGUAUGGUCUUAAAGUAUUAGAUAAAUCAGGACGAUCUGUACAACUUUCUUGGGCAGCUCCAUACGACGGAAACAGUCCCAUCAAACGAUACCUUAUUGAAUAUAAAAUGAGUAAAGGAUCUUGGGAAACUGAUAUUGAUCGUGUUAUUGUACCUGCAACUCAGCAAAAUGUUGCCGGUGUUUUCAAUUUGAGACCAGCUACAACUUAUCACCUUCGUAUUGUUGCUGAAAAUGAAAUCGGUAAUUCUGAACCAUCUGAUACCGUAACAAUUAUUACUGCUGAAGAAGCACCAUCUGGCCCACCAAGUUCUGUACGAGUUGAUGCUCUUGAUCAGCACACACUCAAGGUAACAUGGAAACCACCCCCACGCGAAGACUGGAAUGGCGAAAUUCUUGGUUACUAUGUUGGAUACAGGCUCUCAACUUCUGAGAAACCUUACAUGUUUGAAACUGUUGAGUUUUCAAAAGAAGACGGCAAAGAACACCAUUUGCAGAUAAUGAAUCUUAAAACUUAUACUCAGUACAGUGUUGUCGUUCAGGCAUUCAACAAAGUAGGCUCCGGACCAAUGAGCGAAGAACGCAGACAACAUACCGCUGAAGGCGUACCAGAACAACCACCUCAUGACACCACUUGUACUACCUUAACAUCUCAAACUAUUAGAGUUUCUUGGGUAUCUCCUCCACUUACGGCUGCCAAUGGCGUUAUUACUGGAUACAAAGUUAUUUACGGCCCAUCUGAAACAUGGUACGACGAGAACACAAAAGACACUAAAAUUACAUCAUCAAGUGAAACAAUUUUACAUGGACUUAAAAAAUACACCAACUACAGCAUGCAAGUUCUUGCAUUCACUUCUGGAGGAGAUGGAGUUAAAUCAGCACCAAUUCAUUGCCAAACAGAACAAGACGCACCUGAAGCUCCGAUCGCCAUCAAAGCGCUAGUUAUGUCUGCUGAAUCUAUUCUUGUAUCAUGGCGCCCGCCAAGUCAACCCAACGGAGUUAUUUCCCAGUACACUGUUUACACUAAAGCUGAUAAUGUUGAAGAACCAGUCAGUCAAAAGGUACCACCAAAUCAAUUAACUUACGAAGCUAAAGGAUUAGACAAGCAACGGCGCUAUGAUUUCUGGGUUGCUGCUAGUACUAAUAUCGGUGAAGGAGAAGCCUCGAAAAUUGUUUCAUUGGCACCAAACAUUCGAGUUCCAGCAAAGAUCGCAUCAUUUGACGAUAAAUUUACCGCGACUUACAAAGAAGACGUUAAAUUACCGUGUCUGGCUGUUGGUGUUCCUGCUCCAGAAGUUGUUUGGAAAGUUCGGGAUGCAAAACUUCAGACAAGUGAUCGCCUAAGACAAUUACCAGAAGGAUCUCUAUUUAUUAAGGAAGUUGAUCGUGCUGAUGCUGGAGAGUAUUCUUGCUACGUUGAAAAUUCAUUCGGUCAUGAUACUGUCACUCAUCAAUUAAUUGUUCACGCACCGCCGCAUUCACCACAAGUUACUCUCACUGCUACAACUACAAACUCAUUGACAAUGAAACUACGACCACAUUCAACAGACAAUGCACCAAUUCACGGAUACACUAUUCACUACAAACCCGAAUUUGGAGAUUGGGAAACAGUUCAAAUAAGCUCGACUGCCCAGAAGUAUACACUCGAGAAUUUAUGGUGCGGAUCACGUUAUCAAAUUUAUGUGACUGCUUACAAUGGCAUUGGAACCGGUGAUCCAUCAGACAUUCUCAAUACUCGUACUAAAGGAUCAAAGCCAAUAAUUCCCGAAGCCUCAAGAUUUAUCGAAGUAUCAACCAACAGUAUAACUCUUCAUUUGAACGCUUGGUCUGACGGUGGUUGUCCCAUGCUGUACUUUGUCGUCGAGCACAAAAAAAAACACCAACAAGAAUGGAACCAAGUAUCAAACAAUGUAAAACCUGGGGGCAAUUUUGUUGUUCUUGAUCUUGAUCCAGCAAACUGGUAUCACUUACGUGUAACGGCACAUAACAAUGCUGGAUUUGCUGUUGCUGAAUAUGAAUUUGCGACAUUGACUGUAACUGGGGGUACUAUUGCACCACCGGUAAGAAAUAAUGCUGGAACUGAAAAUACAGACGUAAGACAUCUUUUCCCAUGGUUACCGACUUGGUUGAAUAUCAAUGUCAUGGUACCAGCUGGUGCUACUAUCGUCGUCGUAAUUGUCGGUAUUAUUGUAAUUUGUGUUGCGAUGUCAAGAAGAACUCGAGGUCCCGAGCAAACUCGGCUUCGGGGUAUUCCGUCAGCGGAUGAGAAAUAUUAUGAAGGCCAAUAUGACGUCGUUUACCAACAGACUGGUGUAGUAGGUGCGACAUUAGACAAACGUAGACCAGACCUCCGAGACGAACUUGGUUACAUUGCCCCACCAAACCGAAAACUCCCACCGGUACCUGGUUCUAACUACAACACAUGUGAUCGUAUCAAGCGAGGUACAGUGAUAAGUGCAACAGGCUCCUUUAGAAGUCAUUCAACAUGGGAUCCAAGAAGACACAUGUACGAAGAGUUAUCACACUGUGCACCUAACAGAAGGUGUCCGCCACCACCACCACGUAUAGGCAGUACGGAUGCUCUUUCCCACAGAGGUAUGGAGGAUGAAAUUUGCCCGUACGCAACAUUCCAUUUGCUUGGAUUCCGCGAGGAAAUGGAUCCCACUAAGGCAAUGCAAUUCCAAACCUUCCCACAUCCUGCCAAUGGACAUUCUGGAACAAUGGGACCACCAGCUGGUCAUCCUACAAAUGUUUCUGCACACAGCCGAUCUGGGUCACAAUCAAUGCCACGACAAAAUGGACGUUACUCUCGAGUACCAUCACAAGGAGGACAGACAGUAUUUUCGCCCGAGUAUGAUGACCCAGCUAAUUGUGCACCUGAAGAAGAUCAAUACGGUUCUCAAUACGGACAAUACGGAGCACCAUACGAUCACUAUGGAUCUCGUGGUUCUGUUGGACGUCGUAGUGUUGGUUCAGCUCGUAAUCUCCCUAUGUCUAACUCUCCUGAGCCACCACCACCACCACCAAGAAAUCACGACCCAAACAACUCAAGUUUCAAUGACAGCAAAGAAAGUAAUGAAAUAAGCGAAGCAGAAUGUGAUCGUGAUCAAUUGCAAAUGAAUCGUAAUUACGGUGUUAAUGCUCGUGGCAAGGAUGGCAUGUCCACUGAAGAGAUGCGCAAACUUAUCGAGAGAAACGAAAUCCCCAGCCGGCAAGCAGCCGCCACCCACGGGAGUCACGGGGGACUCCUCACACCCUACGAUACUGUGGCAGUGUAAUCUGUAAAUUAACAGCAACAAUCAACAUCCCAGUGAUCUUUCAUCGUCUUCAAUUAAUUCAAUCAAUCAACAAUUCCCUCCUACUGCCAUAAAUUAAAAAAAAAACACACGCAAUUAUGAAGAAAUGCGUUAUCCGGCAGCUAAUUAUAGCUGUGGUCCCUUUGCAACGACUUAACAUUUAAAUUAUAUCCUAAUACUCUUACUAGAUAGGUUUCGUUAUCAUGUAAAAAUUUAUGUACAACGUUUGUGAUUGGUAUUAACCGCAGUAAACGUGACUAUGAGUCUUUACGGUUAAAAUUUGAUAGUAAUAAAUGAUAGCUUAUCAUUAAAAAGAAAUAAAAAAAAAAACGGGAGGAAUUGAAGACAAUGAAGAAAUGAAAGAAUUGAAUAAAAUAUUAAUUUCAAAAAGGUAGACUCGUGGUCAUGUUGAAAACUAAAUGACCGAGCUUUUUUGUGAGAUAAUAAAUUGUUUUAUUAUUUCCGUCAAGAUAAAAAAAAAAUAAUUAAAGCUCAAUAAAUGUUGAUUGACAACCAAGUUAAAUAUCAGGAUUAAAUUACUAUGAUAUUAUAAAAUAUAGUUAUUUUAUGUUUAAAUUUUAUAAUUUUAAUUAUACAAACAGUGAUGAUUAGUUGCUCGUUCAUUGAGUCAUGGUUGUGCCACACUGCCGCUCCCUGCAGGCAAAAGUAAAAAAAAAAUGUAUUAUGUUUUUUUUUCUUAUAAUUUUUUUUUUUUUUAAUUUUACUGUUGUUAUUAUUUCCGAAACGAAGGUUGUGUCCCCCAAGGAUUGACGUAGACAUUAAUAGAGUUGCGUCUAUAAGAAGUUAACGAAAAUCAACGCGGGCGCCCCGUAAGAUGAUAAAGAUAAUUUUUAAUACAAAUUUAAGUAAACUUUUUAUUAAAAACUGCUUAUUAUCGUCGUCUUACCGCACAUGUUCUUCCGUUGCAUAAAAUGUCGUGCAUAUUAUUUAAAAAAUUACAAACAAUUAUAUAAAUUUAAAGCAGGGAGAAUUAUUUUAUUUCUAUGUCGAAUGGAUCUGGUGUUAUUAACAUUCUAUGAAUAUAUAUAUAUAUAUUUACGUAUUUAAUAUUAAACUACAUACAUAUGAUAUAUACUAUACGUACUAAUUCAAUAUAAAACAUAAAUAUGCAAUGUGACGACGAUGUAUUAGAAUUAAGGGCGCAAGCGGUUGAACGCAUAUACAAUGAUAUUAAUAUAUAUGUAUUUAUAUAUUAAAUCAAUGUAUGUUGAUAGACAGAAAUAGAAUCCAAUCGUGAGGACAGAUAGUCGCGAGAGCAAGUACUAUUUUACUGUUAAUAAAGAAAACCGUACGGCUAAGAAAUUAUUAAAAUUUAAUUGUAUUAUCAAAUAAUUUAUUAAGAAUUUUUAAGAUAAAUACAAUUAUAAAAAAAUUUAAUUAAUUGGAAUAAAUAAAAUCAGUCGAUUCCCAUUAACUCGGAUGGUUGAUUAACGGAGGUGCGGAAAUUUCGAGUUAUCGAAUGCCCCUUCUUUUCUAAAGAGUAAACUACGCGCAUGCGCACUUACAUCUACGGAACACUAGGUCGGAGUGGGAGUAAAGAUUGAGGGGAAGUUUCGGGUUAAUGGAAUCUGACUUAAUGGAAUUGGAUUGUGAAUGUCUUUAAAAAGCCGUGUAAUGAUGGUGUAUAAUAGUUCUUCUCUCAUAAUUCCUUUUAAACAAGAUAAUUUUUCUUAGAAUAACUAAGUCGUACAGUAGAAGUAGAUUGCAUUUUUUUUCUUACGCCGAAAGUGAGUCGACCGGAAAACUGCUGAUGCAGAUGAUGCCGUUAGACGAAUGCCGAGAAAUUAGGAAUAAAAAGAUUAAUUAUUUUUGUUUUUAAUUAUUUUCAAUCAUUAAAAAAUAAUUUUGUGGUAAAAAUGAAUAGAAAAAUUCCUUAUUUCUCGAUUCGGUCUUGUCGUACUCUACUCAUCAAUGUGAUUUUAACGCUAUGCAAAUUUUUUUCCUCGUGUAUGUGUUACGAUCGUAUAUCUCAGAUAUUAGCUAUGUCUUUAUAUUAUAAAAAUGAUAAUAAUAUUAAUGAUAACAAUAAUAAUAACAAUAAUUAUUAUAAUUAUGACACCAUUAUAAAACUAUUGUAAUAAUAUUAAUAAUACUAAAAUAUUUAAAUAUUAUAUUAUAUAAUUAAAAAAAAAAAGAAAAAAAAACAAACAAAAUAUGUAAUAGGUAUUACAACUUAAUCACGUGCGAUGCUUGGAAGCUUUUCACUCGUUGUUAUUAUUAUGUUCUUGUGUUAUCGUUCGUUCCAUAUAAAUAAUCAUAAAUCGCGAGUUAUAUAAUUAAACAAUAUAUAAUAUAAUAUACGUAAUAAAUAUCCUUAUGCACGGCUAUAUAGUUGAUUCGAGAUCCAUUCAAUGCAAAAUAUAAAUUAAAUAUCUUUCAUUAAUUAAAAUAAAUAGAUGUAAGGUUUAAAACAUUGUAUUUCCGACUGAUUUUUUUCUUAUUUUUUUUUUUUUUUAAAUAUCACACGCUUGCUUCGUAUUAAUUUUAUUAAUUAGUAAUCUUUUUAUACACAAGUACGCUUUGUGCGUAUUUUAAAUAAUAAAUUUUAUUGUUAUAGGUCGCAGUCUCAUUUCGUAUGUCUUAUAUAUUUGUAUACAUAUUAUCGAAAAUUGAUUCAUACAUAAAUUAAUGUAAUAAUUAAUUCCUAUUGUUUAUUUUACUGUGGCUGCGAAAAUUUAUUAUUCAUGUUUACUAUAU